ACAACAAUCUCCCAUGGCUUCUCUAUCUCUCCUGCAUGGAGGGUCCCGCAGGCUCCGGACCUCCUCUGCCAGUAUCUCUUAUGAUGGAAGACCCAGGAUUGUGUCUUCAGCACCAGAGUUCAGUUUACCUCUGGACCAUGGGUCUAACGAAAAGGAGGUGAUGCAAAACCUUAACAAUCGGCUGGCCAGUUACCUGGACAAGGUUUGCGCUCUGGAGAAAUCAAAUAAGCAACUGGAGAUCCAAAUUCGAGAAAAACUAUCAGUAGGUACUGCAGUAAGGAAAGACUACAGUGAUCAGUUCAACCUGAUUAAUACCCUCAGAAAGAAGAUUGCAGAUUCAAUCUCUGAGAAUACAAAGCGCCUGUUGGCUAUUGAUAACAGCAAACUAGCAGCAGAUGACUUCCGGGAGAAGUGGACCACUGAAUCUGCACUACGUCAGUCGGUGGAGAGAGAUAUGGUCUCACUGAGAAAAGCAAAGGAAAAUCACGAAUCUCUAAAUGACAGUCUGAGAGCCGAUCUAGGCACUCUGGACAAUGAGCUGCUGACUUUAAAGAAUGACCACAAACAGGAACUUGCAGCUCUCAAGGAGUCACUGGCGAAAGGAAAGAUCGAAGUUGCUGUUGAUGCUGCCCAAGGACCUGACCUCAACUCUGUUUUGUCUGAAGUCCGUACACAGUAUGAAGACAUUAUAAGGAAAAAUAAAGAGGAAGCAGAUGAUCUGUUCCAGACUCGGUAUGAAGCUGUGACUCUGCAGCUGUCAAAGGAAGAUGAAGAAGUUAAGAGGACACAAGCUGAAUUGCGGGAGAAACGACCUCUGAUACAGUCACUACAGCUGGAAUUAGAGAACGCAGGAAACCAGGUAAAUGCCCUAAGACGAGAUAUUGAUGAAACCGAGCUCAGAAACAAGAAGGAAAUGGAGAAAUUGCAAGGUCACUUAUCUUUGGUAGAACAGGAGCUGUCUGAGAUAUUAAGAACUGUACAGAACAACAAACUGGAAUAUGAAGCCUUGUGGAAAAUUAAAGAGACCCUAGAAGCUGAAAUCAUUGAAUAUCGGCGUUUACUAGAUGGAGAACCUGAAGAGAUCAUCAUACCUGAACCACGGCAACCAGAUAUUAGAACCAAAAAGAUUGUAAAAACGGUCACACAGACGCUUGUGGAUGGAAAGAUUGUUGGUGAAUCGAGUGAGGUGGAGGAGUAUGAGCAUGCCGAGAAGGAAAACCAACCAACACGGCCAUCGGCUGUGCCACAUGGAUAUUAGUCUUGCAGCAGGGUGAUCUAGAGCAGCUUCUAUUCUCUUUGGCCACAACAGCUGCUGUAUGAUUAUUUAUUAUUAUAUGCUUAACUGUGACCUGCUUGAUGGGUAUCAUGGGAGAUGUAUCUGAACAGGGUUGGAAAGGAUGACCAUUCCUUGCUAUGUACUGUAUUUGUAAUUGCAUAAUCUAAUUUUCUACACAUUUUAAAAAGAGAUAUGGAACCCUUCCCUGCUAAUCUGACUAUCCCACAAGGACUUCUGUGGUUCAGAAAGUGCUUAUCUCAGUGGUGUUGCUUUAUGCCAAGUAUUUUUGUGUCUUUUCUACUAAAUGGACAUUUAAUGUGAUAUAUAUUUAUAAUAACUAUUUUUAUGUAAUUAUAUGGUGGGGGCAUUCUAAGCCUACUAUAGAGAGGGUUUAUCUAUAGGACUGGAUGAGUCCAGGAUAUGGGAUCACAGCAUUACUGCUAGUCAUUGUAGAGCGGGAAAGGGCUUCUUUAAAAAUAAAUAAAAAAAUCAAGUCACCCACCUUUAUCUACUCUUAAACAGGACAUACAGUAUAUGAGAGACACAUGCUGCACAGUUGCAUAUGAGUCAGAGCUUAUAAGAGACAAAUGGUUUCUGAGUUAAUGCCAUGCACCCAAAGGGAUUAAGUGGCAUAUUUAUAUUUGUUACUAAAAUAAUGUGAAAUCAGGUGUUUUCACACUUUUUUCACAUUAUUCUAGUAUCACUUAAAUGUAUCAAAGGGCUUUUGGAGGAGUUGUCAAAAACUCCACCAAGCACUUACAUUUGCAUUCCUUCAGUAAGAAGAUCUUAUAAUUGUAAUUGUAAAUGCAGUCUGUUUCAGAUUUACUAAAAUAACUUGUGAAAAAGUAUUGGGGGGAAGGAGGAGGGGGGCUAGCAAUAAUAACAUAAUCUACAGAAGGCGUUAUUAGGGCUUUGGUCUAUUUACCCCACUCAUGUUCUGCACUUACCUGCAUGCUGACAGGCAGAGCAGAGCCUGGAGCCAUCUUCAGUGAUCAGCCUGUGUGUCUGAUAGAUAGUGCUUAAAGUGGUCCUACAGAGGUGGUGGAACUCACCUCCCACCCCACGGCGCCCACGUAACAAAGGUAUUGCAAAAAAAAUGGGCGUGGUCUCAAAAAGAAAGGGGCGUUGUCACAGAAUAGUUAUAAUGCCCACAGUAGUAGCACCCCGUAAUACGCAGUAGCGCUUCUUAUACAAUGCCCACAGUAGUAGUGCUCCUUAUGCAAUGUCCACUGUACUGCUAGUGCCCACAGUGGUAGUGCACCUUAUAUAAACUCCAUAGUAGUGGUGUCCCUUAUGCAAUGCCCGCAAUAGUAGUGCCCCUUAUGUCCCCAGGAGUGAUGCCCCUUAUGAAAUGCCCCCUUUAUAAUGCCCUCAUUAGAAGGGCCCUCAGUAGUAAUGCCCUUAAUGGUAAUGCCCCUGUGUAGUAUUGCCCCCAGUAGUAAUGUUGCCUGUAGUAAUGCCCCCAGUCAUUUAGCCCCCUGUAGUCUAGCCCUAGUAGUUAUGCCCCCAGUGGUAAUGCCCCUGCAGUUAUGACCCCAGCAGAUUACCCCCCUUUAGUUUAGCCUCCCAGUGGUAAUGCCCCCAGUAGUUUAGCCCCAGUAGUUUGCCUGCUUGUAGUUUAGCCGCCAGCAAUAAUGCCCCCCUGUAGUUUGCCCCUUUGCAGUUUAGCCCCUGCAGUUAUGCCCCACUUGUAGUUUAGCCCCCAGUAGUAAUGCCCCCUGUAGUUAUGCCCCUGUAGUUACGCCCCCAGUAGUAAUGCCCCUGUAGUUAUGCCCCCAGUAGUAAUGCCCUCCUGUAGUUAUGCCCCCAGUAGUAAGGCCCUCCUGUAGUUUGCCCCUGUAGUAAUGCCCUCCUGUAGUUUGCCCACAGUAGUUAGCCCCUUUGUAGUUUGCCCCCUUGUAGUUUGCCACCAGUAGCUUGCCCCCUUGUAGCUUGCCCCCUGUAGUUUGCCCCCUUGUAGUUGGCCCCCAGUAAUAAUGUCCCCCAGUAGAUGCCCCCCAGUAGUAAUGCCCUCCUGUAGUUUGCCCCCAGUAGUAAUGCCCUCCUGUAGUUUGCCCCCAGUAGUAAUGCCCUCCUGUAGUUUGCCCCCAGUAGUUAGCCCCUUUGUAGUUUGCCCCCAGUAGCUUGCCCCCUUGUAGUUGGCCCCCAGUAAAUAUCCCCCAGUAGUAAUGCCCCCAGUAGUAAUGCCCCCAGUAGAUGCCCCCCGAGUAGUUUGCCCCCAGUAGAUCCCCCCAGUAGUUUGCCCCCUGUAGAU